AUGGCAGAUGACAUGUUCCGCGCACCUAUCCAUCGUGGUAUGCGCACGCUUGAUCGAAAUGCAUUCCGCAAGACCGUCCCGCUGAAAGCUGCCAGGAUCUUCGACAACAAGAAUAUCUUCAAAGUACGAUCCGAAUUAGAGCGGAGCAAAGAUGCUUUGCAGCAAGACCGAAUGGGUAGUGUCCACCCGGACCCAGACCCGGAGCUCGCGAAGACAGGAAAGAAAUGCAUCUUGCUUCGAACUGAGAUAAGGUCUUCCAUCGCCACUUCGACCACCCAAGCCAACAGCCAGAGCGAAUCGUGGCCACACUCGUCUACAUUAGACGAGCUUGUCACACAGCAGCUUAUAUCAGUCAUACCAUUCGAGCUUCAACUGGAGUACAAGUACUGGACAUACCACGACAUCAUUUCAUCGAUCCUAUCCGAGGACGAACAAGGCGAGAUCCCAUCGGGCUUCAGCCAGGUUGGUCACGUAGCUCAUUUGAAUCUGCGCGACGAGUAUCUGAAGUACAAGAGCCUCAUAGCCGAAAUCUUGAUCGACAAGAAUCCAGGAGUCAGCACAGUCAUCAACAAGAUCGACGAUGUAGGCGAGGAGAACGAAUACCGUACAUUCCGCUACGAAGUCCUGGCCGGACCAGACGAUCUCAACGUCACUAUCAGCGAGGAGAACUGCACAUUCAAGUUCGAUUAUAGCAAAGUCUAUUGGAAUAGUAGACUCAACACUGAGCACCGCCGACUAGUGACCAUGUUCAAUGAAGGCGAUGUCGUCUGCGAUGUUAUGGCAGGCAUUGGCCCCUUUGCCGUCCCAGCGGGAAAGAAGGGUGUCUUCGUGUGGGCCAACGACCUCAACCCGGAUAGCUUCACCAGUCUCCAGGACGCCGUAACCAGGAAUAAAGUCACCGACUACGUACGGCCAUUCAACGAGGACGGCAGGAAAUUCAUCCGUACUGCCACCGCCGAGCUAGCCACAACAGACCAUAAAAUCGAACUCAGGAGCAAAUCCUCGAAGAAAGAUCCCACAGCCAAGCCGCAGGUUCUACGGACGAUCCAUCAGCCGAAAAGUUUCCAGCACUUCGUCCUCAACCUCCCUGCCUCGGCCAUUACUUUCCUACCCUCUUUCAUCGGCCUCUAUCUUCCUUCUGUUCGCGAGCAUCUACCAGCGGACUUCGAGCUACCAAUCGUGCACGUCUACUGUUUUAGCACCAAAAGCGACGACAAUGUCGGGGAAGGCAUCAAGAUUUGUGAGGAGAUCAGUCGACAGAUUGGUUUUGAGAUGAGGCCGGCGAGGAUUGGUGAAGAGAAGGACGGUGGGGUGGAGGUUUGGGAUGUUAGAGAUGUGGCGCCGAAGAAGAGGAUGUUUUGUGCUAGUUUUCGGCUACCUAGGGAGAUUGCUUUUCGAGAAGCGUGA